AUGUCCAAGCCGAAGCCACUAUCCUAUGCUAGCUUGAAAGCAGUCAUCGAAAACAUGGAUCCUAAUUUAAGAAUUCGCUUAUCCGUGAAAUUGCCAGCUAUCAGGCAUGCAGAGAAAGCCACUCCUAUGAGAUUGGAAGACCUUGAGAUAUCAGAGACCGACAUCUCUUUGAAGAAGAAUUCAUACUUUCAUAGAAUGAAGGUCAUCAGAUACAUAAACGGAUUCGAUGGACUUAAACCUUUCAAAGUUUGUGGACCUUACAAAGCUCGUGGUGUCCCAUACAGUACGGAUUAUGAUGUUGAUAAGUACGGAAUUCAAGUUAUGCCUCUCACUCCAACACCAGGAGAUUUAGAUUUUGGUAACAACGAACAUAGGCAAAGGACAGAAGAAGAGCUUCGCCAAAUUGUGGCGCUCCACCAAAAUCUCCUGACUAUCACGGAUCUCCAAGACUUGGAAAGGAGAAGAGAGAACGUAAAAUCGCCGUACACCCAUUUCAUUCAUCUCUCAAACAUAACAGAAAAUCAGAGUACAGAUAAUAUUAUAGAAAAAGUCGAGUAUAACCAAAACUUUACUAUUGCUGUCAAGUAUUUGAUCCAAAAACUUUUGGGUGGAAGAAAAAAAGGUGGCCCGAUAAAAAUCAAGAAUCUUCACCUCCGCUGUAUAAGUAAAUAUCUGAGACUUCCGAUUGGUCUGGAUCUGGACGUGCAGAAUCUUUUUGUUUUCAAUAACAAAAAUGGUCUAUCAAUUAUUCGACCUCUGUUAGCUCCUCAUUGGAAUUCCUUGGAAUCUAUUACAGUAGAUAGACUCGAUAACCGGGAUCGCGAAAUUCUCAGCGAAAUCGCUACUGUGGGAGUGGAUGGGCUCCCCCAUUGGAGUACAGAACUACCGUAUCGUAGGAUGACGUUUCCACUAUCGAUUUGUCAAAUUCAAUAUUACAUUUUUAUUGCCAAAAAUUUGAAAGUUACACAACCAGUGGUUGGAUCACAUUACACGUUUAGAAUUUGGGAUACAACAGCUAAAAAUCUCAUGGAAAUGAUGACAGCAGAUGACGAAUUUGAAAAUGGGCCAUUGCGGGCAAACAAAGUUUCUCAAUAUCAAGAAUGUUUCAUUUUACAAAUCAACCAUCGAUCGGAAGUUCUGAUCUACUUCAAUUUCAAUCCAAUCAGGGACUACUCUGCAUAUAGAUUUACGUUGGAAAUGGAAGUUCAACCACGUGUUGAGAAUCUUCAUAAUUGA